GUAGGUCUUGAUGCCUGAGUGUGCCUGGGAGUGUUCAUUGCAUGUUAUCUUUCAGGUGCACGAAACACAAAGAUUCCAAGGAAAAAAAUAAUGUCUGACGAUUGUGAUGACGAGGAGCGCCACGACAAAGCUCUUGAGCUUAAGACUAUUAAGAAGUAACCACCAUGUAACUUACAUAGAACAGUAUACAUAUAUAUAACUUGUUCCUAAAUUAUUAAGUAAAGAAAAAGGAUCAAUGGUAUUUACAGUGCCUCUUAUACAAAUUAUAGAACAGUGAAGUUUUUAGAUAUGAGCGUUAUAUUUUCAGAUUUGAUUAGAACAAAUAUACCAUUUUCAAGAAGCUGCCGAAAAGCCACUUUUACUCCUUGCAAACCCGGCGUAAAUGGCCCCGAAAACAGAAAUGACUUGACACGAACAAUGGUCGGACAGUGGGCCGGGCCACGGAGCCCCAGCACUAACAGACAGCAUCAGGAAGCUCUGCUCCGUCGAGGGUCGUCCUCUGCGUCCAUCCUCCCCGCUAAAGGGCCUCCCAUGGACCCAGUUACACGCUCAUCCAUACCUACGGAUCCAAGAAGAUGGUCUCUCAUGGUAGUGCUGGUUGUAGUGCUCUGUCUGGACCCAGCAGGGUCCAGGGCACAAGACUCCAGCGUCAAACUCCGCCAGGGCACCGUACAAGGGGUGAUGCGGGAGUCUAACAGCCGGCAGAUCUACGCUUACCUUGGCAUUCCUUACGCUAAGCCUCCUGUAGGCGACCUGAGGUUUAAGCCCCCACAACGACACAAUGGGUGGAACUCAACGCUCUACGCCAACAAGAUGGGGGCUGCCUGUCCCCAGCCCUUCCUUAUGGGGGUCCAGAUCGCCGAAGACUGCCUUACACUCAACGUCUGGAUCCCUGAGCUGCCGCGCGGGUUCCGUCAGUACCCGGUGAUAGUGCUAUUGGAGGGGGAACUCUUCGUGACCUCUGCCUCUUCUAGGUUUCCGGGUCAUGACCUUGCCGCCUCUGACCUCAUCAUCGUCUCUCUCAACUACCGAACAAACGCCUUCGGCUUCCUGACGUGGCAGGAUCGUGUGCUGCCCGGCAACCUGGGGCUGAGGGACCAGUCUCUGGCCCUACAGUGGGUCGCUGAGAACAUCGACAAGUUCGGUGGUGACCUGACCCGCGUCACCCUCCUGGGUCACUCAGCGGGAGCCGCCUCCGCCGCCUACCACCUGGUCCUUCCUCGCAGUCAAGGACCGUUCCAGCAGAUGAUCCUCCUCUCUGGAACCAACCUCGCUCCUUGGGCCCUAAGCAGACGCCCUCGGGAAGCCUCCAAGAGACUCUCGGAGCGUCUGGGCUGUGGCUACGUCUCAGGCUCCACCUACCUCCUCGAGUGCCUCAGGAACAAGGACGUCAACCAGAUCGUGAAGGCCGUGGAACGGCUUAUUGAGGAAGGGAAUCCGCACUUUCUCUUCGGCCCAGUGAUAGACACCUACCUUCGUCAGGAGGAGAGGAUGGUGCCCCUGGAACCUCUGCAAGCCCUCAGGGAAACCGCCAACAGAAGGAUCCCCGUCUUACUGGGGCUGUCUGAGAAUGACGGGUCCGUUAUGCUAUAUAUCAAGCGGGAGAUCAGCCACAUGACCUACGAUGACCUGAGUCGCUACGGCCACGAGAUCCUGGUGCCCCUCUUGACCUCUCUAGCGGCGCUGGGGGACAACGCUGCCUCCGUCAACCGAAUGGUCGAGUACGCCUACCUGGACAAGGCUCCCAAGGGGCAAAAGGACGAGCUGGUCCUCGAGAUAGUUAAGAUGUUUACAGAUGGGAUGUUCAAGGCGCCUGUAGUGAGGAUGGCUGAUAAUCUCGCUCGGAGGGGCCUCACCACCUACCUCUUUGUCAACACCUUCUUCGCCAGGGACAUCUACGGCUCCCACACCAACAUCACAGGAGCCCUCCACGGAGCGGAGCUGGCCUACCUCUUCGCUCCAGCCGCCUACAGACAGCUCUUCAACCUUCCCUUGACGUACAAUGAGGAACGAGUCAGCCAGAGCCUCAAACGGAUGGUAUUUACUUUCGCCAGCAGCGGGAUCCCGUUCUUGGGUCAAUACUCUCCUAGAUGGAUACCCUACACGCCCCAGACGCCCACCUACGCCUCGCUGGAGUCCGGCCAGGUUCACCUGGGGUACCAGAGACACCAGGUGGCCUUCUGGAACGGCCUACUACCUGAAAUAGCUAACCUAGUUACCUUAUACCCUGAUCCGAGGCCAACCCACACCACGGGCACAGAGAACCCAACCACCGAGUCACAAAUCAUCACACCAGGGCCGGACAACGUGUCGUACCAGUCAGCGGUGUGGGUGCUGGUGGCGGUGAUCCUUCUGCUUCUGGCCGUCAUCGUCGCUUAUAUCGUAUGCUCCAGACGCCGUCAGAUGCUAGCCUCCAGCACCUUAAGUGACCAAUGACACACGGAAACGAGAAGCGG